AUGAUAGAUUGUGCGGGUCCGUUCUUGUGCAAAUCCAGCAAUGCGUUAUCGACCAUACUCAUCGCUUAUGCGUUUCUUGUAACAGCUGAACCACAAACUAAGUUGAAAUAUUUCAUCAAAGUUGGUAUGCUUCUGCCAAAGCACUCACCCAUUUCUGGCUUCACACAAUCAGCGUCCGCGGUUAUGCUCGCAGUCGAGGAACUUCAAGCGCAACAUAUGAUCAAUGAUGUUAAUUUCACAUUCAUAUGGCAAUUUGAAGAUUGCAACGAGGAAAAAGCACUUCGCCUUGCUAUUGAUAUGAUCCUCAAAGAUCAUGUCAAUCUGAUCCUGGGUCCUCCUUGUAAUGCGCGGAGGGAAGGGAAUGCAUUUUAUUUUGCAGCUGCAUUGGAUGUUGGUGUAUUGGCGUCCAGUUAUGACAUUCCGAAUUUUCAAUGGGGUCCGACGACAGCGUCGCAGCUCGUUGAUUCUAGGCGUUUUCCAACUGUUGUCACUGUUACUCCAGAUUCACUUUCAUUGGGAGUAGCGUUGUGCGCGCUGCUGACAAAGUAUAACUGGACCGAAUUUGCACUUGUUUAUGCGGGCACUAGUUCAGGUUUGGGGCAUUGCGCUUUCUUACAGCAGGAUCUCGAAAUGAGUCUUAAAAUGCAUCCAUCCGCUUUAUUCGGCGAACAGGUGAUAGAGCACAUGAAGGAUUAUCCCUUCUAUUGUAAUUCUACCGAAUGCCCAACCAACGUCAAGGCUUCAAGAUAUGCGGGCAGUCUCUACAAUACAAUGUUCUUGUAUGGUUUAGCGUUGAAUAAGACUCUCAGGGAGACCUCAGGAGAUGAAUGGAAAUCGGGAAGAGUUACGACCCAGUUAUAUCAGAACGCAUCAAGUACAAUUUGGUCACAACGUGAUGGAAAAGUACCUCUUGCUAUACCGAUAUGUGGAUUCACUGGCAAUAAUUGCCCAUUUAAUUUUAUGGAACAUUAUUGGGGCUAUGUUGCCGCUGCAGGCAUAAUUAUUGCCACAACCGUUAUACUCCUGAUCGCAGGAACAAUUUAUAUGAUGAGGGAAAAAGCUCGAGAAGUGCAACGAGAGAAUUCAUUGUGGCAACUGUCAUUCUCAAGACUCGUAGUUCCCGAUGAGCGCAGCGUUUCCAUGUCGAAAAGUUCUGUUCUGGGCUCAAAUGCAUCCACUAAAUCGCAUGUGAAUGCGAACACUAAAAAUUCGGAUGAAAUAGGUUAUUUCAUGUUGGAUAACGAAUUGGUCUACGCUGAGAAAUUUCCUUUCCGGGUACAAGUGGCGAAAGAAAACUUCAGUCAACUGCGUGCGAUGCGCACUCUGGAACACAGUAAUUUGAACCGCUUUAUUGGAUUAGUAAUCGAUGCACCGACGUAUUUGGUUGUUUGGAAAUACUGUAGUCGAGGCUCCUUACAGGCAUGUGACGUCAUCCAGGAAGGGAAGAUGCAAAUCGAUAGCUUCUUCGCGUAUUGUCUGAUUCGUGAUAUCGUUGAUGGCUUGAAUGCUAUUCAUUCAUCACCGAUUGGAAGUCAUGGUUCGUUGACAUCGGCCAACUGUCUCAUUGACGAACGAUGGCAAGUGAAAAUCUCCAAUUUUGGCAUCAGGUUUUUACGCGCUAUGAAGAACCUGACUGAUGAUGAGUUACUUUGGACGGCACCAGAGUUGUUGCGUGAUCCACAAGAAAAAGGCACGAAAUGUGCUGAUAUAUACAGUCUGGCAAUAAUCUGUGCUGAACUGAUGUGCUUAUCAAGACCAUGGAAUCUUGGUGAACGAAAGGAACAAAGCGCAGAGAUCAUUUACAUGGUACGCCAUGGUGUUACGCCACCGUUCCGACCGGAUCUGUCGAAUAUUGCUCACCAAGAUUUGAAUCCCGCAUUGUUGUUCUUGAUCCGGGACUGUUGGUCAGAGGACCCUCAAAACCGUCCACAAAUCAGCACUGUUAAAGAACUCAUUCAGAAUAUGAAUCCUGGCAGAAGUCAAAACCUAAUGGACCAUGUUUUCGCAAUGUUGGAGGACUACGCUGGAACACUCGAAGCAGAAGUGGAACAACGCACGAAAGAACUUAUUGAAGAGAAGAAGAAAUCCGAUAUUCUGCUUUACAGAAUGAUGCCUCAGCAAGUAGCUGAAAAACUGAAGUUGGGACAAAACGUCGAACCCGAGGCAUUCGCAACUGUGACAAUAUUUUUCUCGGAUGUUGUCUCGUUUACAAAGCUCGCAUCGCGUUGCUCGCCAAUGCAGGUUGUCACUCUCCUUAACGAUCUCUAUACCAAUUUCGACGGAAUCAUUGAUGCGCAUGACGUUUAUAAGGUUGAGACCAUUGGUGAUGGCUAUUUGUGCGUAUCUGGCUUACCAAAACGCAACGGUAAUGAACAUGCGCGCGAGAUUGCAAAUAUGGCGUUGGAAUUCAUCGACAGCCUUCGCACAUUUCGAAUCGCACAAAUGCCCGAUGAACGUAUCAAUAUUCGAGUGGGCAUUCAUACCGGUCCGUGUGUUGCUGGCGUCGUUGGUUUAACAAUGCCACGUUAUUGUCUAUUCGGCGAUACUGUAAAUACGGCCUCCCGCAUGGAAAGCAACGGAAAACCUGGACAAAUUCAUCUAUCUGGUGAAGCAAAUCGUUUUCUCACACAAGUCUUGGGUGGUUUUGAAACUGUGAGUCGAGGCGAAGUCAUCAUAAAGGGUAAAGGUGUAAUGGAGACGUUCUGGUUACUUGGUCAUGAAGGACAUACCUUGAUAAGCGCUCCUGAAACGAGUAUCUACAAGAAAUUCGUUGAACGUGACGAAACAACAAGCAAAAACUGA